CCAUCACUCCGAUACCAUCACCAUCAUCAUCACCGUCAGCCACCUUCAUCACCAUGGCUACCAACUCCCCCUCCCUCCCAGCUCCACCUCGGCAGCAGCCCUUUCAGACCGACGUCCGCCGCACGCGCGGUCUCCAAGCCGGCCACCUUUCCUCUCUACACCCCUCCUCUUCCUCCUCUUCCUCACAGCGCACUACAAAUGCCUCUCUCACCGGUCCAGCCGAUGCAGCCGAGUUGCGUCUUGCCUCUGAACGUCGCCUAGCCGAAGAGGAGGAGCGGAUCAAUAAGCGCAUUGACGAGUAUAUUCGCACACUCGAGGUGGGAAUGGCCGAACUGGUUGGUGGGAUGACACUUAGGGAUAAAGGACUUAGUAGGCUGGAACAGGAGGCAUUCAUGAGCGAUUAUAGAUGCGAUACCAUUGUCAAGAGUGUACAGGGACUCAGUGGACUCUCGAGAGCACUGCAACUUUCGCUACUACUCAGUCAGGCACCUCAGGAAGGACAGACUGACGCUAGCGCGAGUGGCAGUGGGAGCAGCGCAAUGGAGACGGAGCGACAGAGGUUACAGCGGGAAAUCGACGAGAUGCAAACACAAGCGGGUCAGCUCGUUGGCUCCCUCUUUGGUAGAAGUCACGACGAAGAGGUAGAUCUUGAGGGACCUCCACCAGUUUCUGACGAUGAAGAAGAUGUCGAGCAGCAACAGCAAGUGCAGCAACAUGAACAACAACAGCAACCUGAUCAGCAGCAGCAACAGCAGCCACCUCCUGGUCUAGUAGACGAGCUCAUAGGAGCAGCUAUUGAGCAAGACCCCCGUCUAGCAGCAGCGGGAGGACAAGGAUCCAUUCUAGGCCUACCGCCCUUUCAAGAAGAUACAGCUGAUGCAGCGACAGCGACAGCAGCGGGGGCAUCGGCGGAGGCGGAGACGGUGGGACCUGCAGCCCCUUCAUUGCUUCCGCCGAUGCAUGACCAAGUGUCUCAUUCUCAAGAACUUACAGAGGUAUCAGCUGCUGCUCCCAGCGCUGAUGCUACACCGCUUCCCACCGAAGCAGCAGCAGCAGCAGAGGCACCCAACGAUGGUCAGGCGGCAGCUCAAGACGGGACGGAACAGGUCUCCAACGCUGCUACAGCCACUGCCACAAAGGCUGAUGGCGAGGGCGAUGGCGAUGGCGAUGAGGACGAUGAUGACGAUAUGGAGGAAGUCGCCUGAUCUACCGCUUCCUGACUCAGCGCAUUGCAUUGCAUUGCAGUUCACUCAAAUACUAUACCCAGCCUCGGAAUUGCAAUACCACAGCACUGAACAAUC